AUGGUCACCAACACCGCCUCCUCGUCCGGCCUCACCGGCGUGGCCCUCAUCACUGGCGCCGGCUCGGGCAUCGGCGCGGCCACCGCGCGCGCCUUCGCAGCCAAGGGGGUGAGCCGCUUGGUGCUGGUCGACUUCGCGCCCGCCGGCCUCAAGACGCUCGAGGCCGAGCUGCAGUCCGGCGGCGCGCAGGUGCUCGUCGUCCAGGCCGACGUGAGCAAGGAAGCCGAGGUGAAGGACGCCAUUGCCGAGGCCGUCACCGCGUUCGGGCGCAUCGACUACUGCGUCAACUCGGCUGGCACGGCCGCCCUCGGCGCGCUCGUCGAGACGUCGACAGAGGACUGGAACCGCGUCAUGGGCGUCAACAUCACCGGCGUGUUCCUCUGCGUCCGCGAGCAGUCGGCGCAGAUGCUCAAGCAGGACCCGCUGGCCAGCGACUCGACCGAUCCCAAGCGGCAGCAGCGCGGCUCCAUCAUCAACCUCGCGAGCAUCCUUGGCACCGUUGCCGUCCCCGGCGUGCCGGCGUACGUGGCGAGCAAGCACGCCGUGGUUGGGCUGGCCAAGGCCGCGGCUGUCGAGCAUGCGGGGCACGGGAUCCGGACCAACAACAUCGCGCCCGGGUGGAUCGACACGCCGAUGACCAACAACGCGCACGUCGCUUCCGUCCUCGAGGCGCAGACGCAGCCGGCCAAGACGCCCGCCGGGCGCGCCGGCUCGGCCGAGGAGAUUGCCGACGUAGCCGUCUUCCUCUCCAGCACCGAGGCAUCGUUUGUCAACGGCGCGACGUGGAUCGUGGACGGCGGGUUCACUUCGCUCUAA